AUCCCUUGCCUGUCUUCUGAACUUUGAGACAGCCACAAGCAUCACUCACAGAGAUGCAGCAGACUGGAAAUUAAACAAAGCAACUCUUUAGUACAACAGCUAGUAACGUUAGAUCGCUUUCCACAAACCGCCUACUAUGGACGAUUACCAUCUAUUCUGUGCAUCGUGUCGAAAAACAGAGAAAAGACAAACAACGAUGUGCUCACUGAUACUCUUCAUUCUGUCAUUGUUCACGUUGGCAUCCCCCGUAGCAACGGCGGAGACACUUUGCGGUGGAGAACUUGUGGAUACUCUGCAGUUCGUGUGUGGAGAAAAUGGGUUUUAUAUCAGCAGGCCGAACAGAUCAAACAGCCGCCGUCCUCAGAGAGGAAUAGUGGAAGAAUGCUGCUUUCGUAGCUGUGAGCUGCGUCUGCUGGAGCAGUACUGUGCAAAACCUGUGAAGUCAGAGCGAGAUGUUUCCUCCACCUCGCUGCAGGUCUUCCCAGUGUCCCAGGCAGCUCUUCACAAGGACAUUUCAGGAGGGCCUCUUGGUGUGAAGUAUUCCAAAAAUGAAGUGUGGCAAAGAAAGCCUGCCCAGAGGUUAAGGAGAGGGGUCCCAUCAAUCCUGCUUGCCCAAAAGUUUAGGAGGCAGGUGGAGAAAAUCCAACAUGAGCAGCAAGCCAGUUUCCACCGCCCCCUCAUGACCCUCCCCAACAGACACCGUGACAUCCUUCCAUACAUCCAGAUCAACACGUCCCACAAAUGAUGGCCAGCCUUCCUAAAUGGCAACAAACAAGGGAUUAUAGCCAAGUUUUGGUCAGUAGAGGCACUUUUUUCAUGAAUCACACCACUCAGCCACCGUCUUUGUCAAAUCCAGAUUAUGAACACUGUGUAUUAUCAGCAUUCGAAAUGCAAGAAGUUAACGUUGAAAGUGAAUGUAAUGCGACAGGAGAGAUGAAUGCAGUCUUGGUGAAUAUCAUGGGGAUGCCCAGAACUGAUGCUGAGGAAGUUGCCAGAAUCUUGCUUUGCUUGAUUGUGAAUGUCAUAUUUUAAGGAACGAAAUUAUCGAGAUUAGAGUCCUUUACCUGCACCUUUAAAGUGCCACACCUUUGGCAUAUAGACAGAAGUAAGGAAAAUGUUGUCUGGCUGUGCAAAGCCAAGGACUGAUGUUAACAGCACUAUUUUUUUUGAGGACUGCUAAAUAUGAUAACGUUAUGGUGCUAACUUUGCAAGGACACACACGGAGUUUGCUAAGGAGUUUUUCCGUUUUAGGAAAUAAAGAAAAAAAAAAGAUUGUAUUCAAAAGACAAUUAAGUAACUCUGAUUGUUUGGAGAUGAUCCCAAACAGGAAAAACUGUUUCCAUUCUUGGCUGUUCAAGAUCCAUAUUCUGUGCCCUGGAGGAUGAAGGUGAAGCCUUUACUAUUAAACAAUAUAGUAUUGCAAUGGAAGGCAGGAAACGUCACAAAAUAUUGAAGCUGAGGACAUCUACAAUCAAGUCAUCUUGGACUUUGGGCAAGAGCAGUUUCGAGGUGUCACUUACUGGACCUUAAGAUUCCUGUUUCCAGUCUGCCAUUUUAUCUUUGCGAAUUGUCUACACUGUUAUUAAGACAGUAUUUUACACAUAUAAGCAUAUUUUCAUCAUUGUAGUAUUCCAGUGCUUUUGCUUGGAAAAAAAAUACUUGAAUAUGUAUGAAAAGUCUAAAUAAGAUGUUGUAAUUCACCCUAGUAUGACCAGUCUUGCAAAUUGAGCCACCAAACAUUUUCUUUAAGUAAUGGCACUGUAUCAAGGCAUUAUUUAUUUUGAAAUGAAACCCAUAAAAACCAGUCCCAAUGAGAGAUUACAUGCACAACCUGCAAUUUUUGUAUAUUAUCUUUUUUAGUGGUUCUGCUUAUGUAUGUAGAUGCUAUGUACCAAAAAAUGUUGUCUCUUUUUUAAGUAAAGUCAAUGGAAGCUUC